CGUUAAAUAAAGCUUUGGAGUCGGACGUGAACUGGUCGCGGAGUGAUGACGUCACUGUACAACUUCACGACCACUAUGGCGUCCCAUGCGAGCGAGCUGGAAAUCGCAAAGAAGAAUUUAACUGACGCAAUCGGCGAGAAUGUGAAACAUUACUGGGCCAACCUGAAACUGUGGUUCAAGCAUAAGAUCAGCAAGGAAGAGUUUGACAUUGAGGCACGGCGCCUGUUGGCCCAGGAAAAUGUCCAUGUUCACAAUGAUUUCCUCUUGGCCAUACUCACACGAUGCCAGAUCAUCGUCUCCACACCAGAGGGUGCUGGACAACUACAAUGGCAAGGUGGCUCUGCUUCAAAGCCAGGAAAACCCAAAGGAAAGAAGAAAUGUUCUUCCAGACAGAAAUUUGAUCAUCGUUUCCAGCCUCAGAAUCCUCUGAGCGCAGCGCAACCGUUCAGCCCUCGGGAGGCGGCCGGUGAGGAUGAGGAGCUGCGUCUCAGCGCCCACACUCUGUUGCUGCCCACCCGGGGCCAGCUGGAAGCCCGCAUGAUGGUGACGGCGUUUGAACUGGGCUUGGAUAACAUCACAGAGGACUCCAUCACGGCGAUGACCUGCGCCGUGGAGCACCACUUGAAAGAUGUUUUGACUGCUGUAAUUUCCCGGAGGAAAGCGUAUCGCUUACGGGAAAGUCGUUUCCCUUACGCCUUUGGCAGUGAUGUCACACCGCAGCCUUAUCUAAAGAACAGCCUGGCUGCAUAUCAAACAGUCACUGAAUGCCCCCCUUCGAGUGCGUCUUUACCAGCCGGCCCACUGCCUCAAAUUUCCCCAGAUGAGGCAGAGCAGCAAGCCGUUCACCUGUUGGCUUGUUCUGCACACAGCUUCCAUAUGGCCCUCCCACCCGUCACCAUGUUUGACCUCUUGGAGGCCUUACAGGUUCACCACGGAGUGAUGCCCUCCCACACCAUGUACGCUCUGAAUAUGGAGCGCAUCCUGUCGCGCCUCUGGCACCCCAGCCAUGAAGAACUGGAGCAGGACCACGUGCACAGGCAGCGUCUCGCUGCCAAGGAUGCGGUGAUGAUCAGCUGAGACCUCCAUGGAUUCUGUGUGCAUAAUAAGUGGCACAUAAACUUUGUCCAGGGCUGAAAAUAGUUUGGAAGUAUUGGGUUCGGAAAACUGCACCUGUGUUGCAUAGCAAGGCGGACAAUGGACCACGAUGGAACAAAACAGUUGGUGGACACAGUCAGCUCCAUCCUAGUCAAGCCAGCAGAUUGUCACUCGGUGAGAAUUGUUUAAAGUGGUUUGUUUCAACCCCUUCCAGGCAGGCCAGUGUUUUUCUUCAUGUCACUGUGGCUCAUAUAAGUUAAAGGGCAGAGUUGUAGUUAAAAAUGUCACACGCAAUAGACAAAACAUUGAGUCAUAUGAUGUACAAAACCCAAAACCAGUGAAGUUGGCACUUUGUGUAAAACGUACGUAAAUAAAAACAGAAUACAGCUUAUAUUAAAUUGAAUAGACUGCAAAGACAAGAUACAUAACGUUCGAAGUAGUAAACUUAAUUUUUUGCAAAUAUUAGCUCAUUUGGAAUUUGAUGCCUGCAACAUGUUUCAAAAAGGCUGGCACAAGUGGCAAAA